UCACGAGAGCGAGUGCGCACGUGCGCGGCUAAAAAGCGAUAUUUGUGCCGUUCCGGCUCGUUUUUGCUGAGCUCACUCCGACGGUUCAGCUUCCAAAAAGGCCUCUCGCCCUCAAUUUUGCCCUAGCCUCGCCGGACCCGGAGCUCCUCCUCCGAUUGCCUCCGCCGUCCGCCGUCCGUCGUCCGCCGUCCGGUUCCAGCGAGCGAGCCAGAGGAAGGGAAGCGAAAUGAGCGAUCUCUGCCAGUUCCCUGGUCUAAACCUUCCGGCGCCGGCGCCGGCUCCGGCUCCUGCUCCGGCUCCGGCUACGGCGCUGGCUCCUGCUCCGGCUCGGGCGCCGGCUCCUGCUCCGGCUCUGGCUCUGGCUUCGGCUUCUACUCUGGCUGCUGCUCUGUUUCGGGCUCCCUCGGCUUCUUCAACUGUAAAGAGUGCGGCACAGGCAUCGUUCUUCACUAUGACAGUUGCCUAUCUCGUUUUAUCAGCUGUGCCUGUCAGAAAGGGCAAUCUCAGUCAAUUUCCUCAACCGGAACUUUCUCCUGCUGGGCCUGCUCUGGCUCUGGCUCUGGCUCUGGCUCCACCUUCAUCUCAGGCUCCCACGGAAGCUCAGGCGUUUGACCCUUCUUUGCGUGUGCCCGUCAGAAUGGAGAAUCUUAGUCAAUUACCUCAACCGGAACUUCCUCUUGCUGAACCUGCUCAGGCUUCGGCUCCGGCUCUGCCUUCAUCUCAGGCUCCCAAGCAAGCUCGGGCAUUUGACCCUUCUUUGCGUGUGCCCGUCAGAAUGGAGAAUCUUAGUCAAUUACCUCAACCGGAACUUCCUCUUGCUGAACCUGCUCAGGCUCCGGCUCCGGCUCUGCCUUCAUCUCAGGCUCCCAAGCAAGCUCAGGCAUUUGACCCUUCUUUGCGUGUGCCCGUCAGAAUGGAGAAUCUUAGUCAAUUACCUCGACCGAAACUUCCUCUUGCUGAACCUGCUCAGGCUCCAGCUCCGGCUCUGCCUUCAUCUCAGGCUCCCAAGCAUGCUCAGGCAUUUGACCCUUCUUUGCGUGUGCCCGUCAGAAUGGAGAAUCUUAGUCAAUUUCUUCAACCGGAACUUCCUCUUGCUGAACCUGCUCAGGCUUUGGCUCCGGCUCCGGCUCCGGCUCCGCCUUCAUCUCAGGCUCCCAUGCAAGCUCAGGCAUUUGACCCUUCUUUUUGUGUGCCCAUCAGAAUGGAGAAUCUUAGUCAAUUUCCUCAACCGGAACUUCCUCUUGCUGAACCUGCUCAGGCUCCGGCUCCGACUCCGGCUCUGGCUCCUCCUUCAUCUCAGGCUCCCAAGCAAGCUCCGGCAUUUGACCCUUCUUUUUCUGUUCCUGUCAGAACGGACAAUCAUAGUCAAUUUCGUCAACCGGAACUACCUCUUGCUAUCCCAGCUCAGGCUCUGGCUCCAUCUUCAUCUCAGGCUCCCGUGCAAGCUCAGGUGUUCGACCCUUCUUUGCUUGUACCAGCCAGAAUAAACGAUCUCGGUGAAUUUUCUCAACCAGAACCUCCUUUAGCUAUCCCUGCUCAGGCUGUAGCUCCACCUUCAACUCGAGCUUCAGAGCAAGCUCAGGUUUCCUGCCCUCCAUGUGUUCCAGAGCAAGUGAUGUACAAAAAUCGGUUACAGGAGUAUACGCAGAAAAUAAUGGUGCAUUUUCCUAUUUAUAAGACAAUAAAUGAGGGAUCUCAACAUGCACCGAGAUAUAGGUCAACGGUAUUCGUAGAUGGGAAAAGCUUCACAUCUCCCGACACAUUUCCCCAAAAAAAGGAAGCUGAGCAAAAUGUUGCUCAAAUUGCAUUGGACCUUUUGUCACAAAAGAUGAAGGAUGAAGGCUGUCCUCUUAUCCAUGAGGAUGCAAUUUUUUGCAAGUCUAUUCUUAAUGAAUAUGCAGCCAAGAUGAACUUGGAAAUGCCCAAUUACACAACCAUUCAGCCACAAGGGGCAGUUCCUGUUUUUGUAUCUUCUUUGGUAUUCAAUGGUGUAACUUAUACCGGCGAUGUUGGUAAAAGCAAAAAGGAGGCUGAACAAUUGGCAGCGCGUGCUGCCAUUCAAUCCCUAUAUGAUGAUAGCCAGUCGAAAAUUGUUCUUUUGAAGACGAUCAAGUCUAAGUGGAAACUUUAUGCUACACACCGUGAGACUAAGUAUUCAGGUCCUCUUGGAGAGAAUGUAACAGAGAAUGUGGGAGGCAAUUCUGAAAUCUCAAAUACCAAUCAUAGAGAAGCUUCUAGGCCAGCUAAUUAUGUUCUUGGUCGUGCUAUUCCCCAGGCAUGCUCAGAAGUACCUACACCACAUCAUUUGUUCCAAAUACCAAGAGCAGUGGCUGAAGCAUCCUCUACAGUAGAGAAUUCGUUGAUCUCCUUUGUUCCUUCGAGAACCGAACAGCAGCCUAUUGCUGCUGCGAAUUCUAGUAAAAAGCGACGCAAGAACAAGAAAAAGGCCAAUAAAAAACCGCGUGUUGAUCCUCAGCAGGUUACCCAAUGCUGUGAUGCCUUUUGACCAAGCCCCGCCUUGUUCUGUUUCACAGGAGACGGAACAUAUGUGUAAGCUUUCUAGUUAGACAUUAGCUUUCGAGGCUUGGCACCGUGGCUCUCUUUUGAGCGGUAUACAAACUUCUCUGUGUUAUAGCCUUGACAAUUAGGAUUUGUAUUGUCGGAUUGGAUGUGGGGUCCAUGUAUAUUAUGGUGAGUAGUAAACGCCGAUCCUCCUAUACCUGUUUAGUUAAAAGGAAUUUGUGCUUCUUGAA